CUCCGCGUGCCUCCAGGCCGGCUGGUUGAGACGCACUCAUUGGCCGUUACAGCUGUCAAUCACCCGAUCGGGUAGGAAAAGGGGCGGGAGGUUCGGUAGAGGAAGGAGUGUUGCGGCAGCGCGAGGCAGAGGGAUAAACAGAGCUGCUUCAUCUCGAGCGCAACUAAAUAACUAACAGAAUCCAUCGAUCCAGAGGAGCGGCUGGAGGCAGGAGCUGGGGAUCUCUGCAACACCCUCGGAGCGGGAAGCGUUUCUCUAACCCCUUCUGCAAGGGGGCUGCAUGCACCGGUUGCUGCAUAACUUGAGCCCCUGUUUUUUUUUUUUUUUUUUUUUUUUUUGUGGCUGGUUCUCGGCCUGAGCAAAGAAGCGAGAUGCUUUAGAUUUGUAUGUGUUUGCAUUUUAUUGUCACAGUUUAAGCGAGCCAGGUGAAUAUAUAUAUUUUUUUAGUGUACUGUAUUUAUUAUAUUUUGCCUUGAGUUGUUAGUUUUAAUUUGUUGGGUCUGGUGUGAGAAACGUUGAGUUUGCAUGAGGCUCGCCUCCUGUAAAACAAGCGCCGGGUGUCGUUUAAAAAAACAAAUACGUUUUUUUUGUUCAAAUAAGUAAAUAGAACAAAGACUUGCUGCUAAACCCGUUUGCUCUAAAGAAAAACCAAACCAUGGAGCCGUAUUUGUGUGUAUUAGUCAUAGUGUGAAUGUGAGCUAGGUCGCCUCCCUCUUCAUCGCACCAGCACAGUUUAUAUAGUCACUGUUUACGCGCUAUAGUUUUUAAAUGGUGCGCUGAAGCAGCCCCGCCAGUACUUGUAAUAUACUUGUAAAUUGUACGUGCGGUAUUCCUGUGAUCAUGACUCAAGAGAAGAUGGAACUGGACCUGAGUAUCCCCGUAUCCAUGUCGGACGGGAACCUGAGACGGUCCAGCAGUGCCCCCAUGAUAAACGGGCUAAGUGAUAACACUCCAGUGUUCGAGGGAGAAACUCUGCGCAGUCGGAGAAACAGCACAACAGUUGUGACCCGCCACAGUCUGAUCCCUCCCUCUUCGCCUAUUCGUGUUCCCAGCAGCCGGCUCCAUCAGAUCAAACAGGAGGAAGGUGUCGACGUGAUGAACCGGGAGACUGCACGGGAGAGGGAGGUGCAGGCAGCCAUGCAGAUGAGCCAGUCCUGGGAGGAGAGUCUUAGCCUGAGCGAUAAUGACUUGGACAAGUCGGUGUCUCCGAAGCGGAUAGAUUUUGUUCCUGUGUCCCCAGCUCCGUCUCCCACCAGAGGGAUUGGGAAGCAAUGUUUCUCGCCGUCUCUGCAGAUCUUCGUGAGCAGUAAUGGGCUUCCUCCCAGCCCUGUCCCCAGUCCCACCAGGCGCUUUGCAACACGAAGGAGUCAAAGUCCCAUUAACUGUAUCCGGCCGAGUGCCCUUGGACCUCUCAAAAGAAAAGGUGAAAUGGAAACGGAGAGCCAGCCAAAGAGACUGUUCCAGGGGACGAGCACCAUGCUGACUCCCGACAUGUCGCACCUGCCCGACCUCGGCUCCUGUCUCUCGUCGCGGCUCCUGGAUGGCAGUCUGCGCAGACUGGGCUCCUCCUCGGACUCCCCUGCCUCCUCCUCCUCCUCCUCCUCCUCCUCCUCCUCCUCCUCGUCACAGUGCCCCUGCUCUUCAUUCAGCCCUGUGCACAACCUGUCUCCCAAGUGACCUUCCGCUGAACCAAGCACCCAGGCACAGCAGCUGCUGGGCUUAGUUACUUGUCUGAGUUUUUGUUCCUUUACUUUUAAGGAUGGUUUAACAUUAAUGGAGAACAAUUUAGCCAAUUUCAGAACAAUUUUUUUUUUUGUUUGGUGUGAGUGAGGUGCACUAACUUGCAGUUCAGUGUUAGAUGAAGAGAUCGAUGGACAGGGGGUGCUGGUGAAUCUGCAUGCCCUGCAGGCUCAAAGCAGCUGGGGCCGAUUUCUUAACAAUGGCAUCUGUUUAAUUUUCAGAAGGGUAAGAGGGUGUGCUCACGGGAAAAGUGGCAAAAGAAUUGGGUUGUUUUUCCUCCUCUAAUAGAAAAAGACUGAUCUUGUAACAUUGCUAGCUCUGAGCUGCUUGAUAACUGACAAGUUUAAACUGGAAAUGAUAGUAAAUGAACCCCUUUCUUUUUGUUUAAAUGUUUAGUGCUGCUGGGAUGUAAAUAUUGCUGAAGUUGAAUAGCAGUUUGGGCCACUCCAGGUUUUCAUGUUAAGUUAGUCGAGCCAGAGAGAACUCGUUAGGGUGGGAUUAACUCCCAGUAAAACCUGGAGUAGCUCAAAUUGCUAAAUGUAUAAUUCAUCAUUGCUGCUUGCAAUCUGAAACACAAUCUUGGGUAAUAUGCUUAUACAGGGAUUGGACACUAGAUGAGGGUUUCUCACACAGCUAAAACGAGGCGUACAGACUGUACCCCGUUUCUGCAGAUCUGCACCCCUUGUGUUUUUUUUAACCAGUACAAGUGAACUGUAACCCCAGCUGCAGUAUUGGAAGACCCAUUCGAACGGGAGUUUCAUUGAAUGAAUAGAUUACAGUAGGCUGAUUCUUAUUCUAAUGGAAGAAUAAUAGUUUAAUAUAUUUGAUAACGGUUAUAAAGAGGAUACCUUUUAAAGGGGGGAGGGUCAUUCUUCAUGAGCUGCUACUUCCACUCUGCACUUUAGAACAAUCUCAUGGGGACUGUCUUGAUACCCAAGCAGUCUUGAAGCUGCUUGAAGGGCUUGAUCAAGGACAGGGGCAUGGCGUCUCUUUAAACCUGGUUGGUGUUGCAGUGGGCAGAGUAAAGACGUGCGUGUGUUUAGGAGUGGAGUUGAGCACUGCAGUUACUGGUUCAAGCCUGCAGGAUGCUUUUUAUUUCACAGUGCUGGCAGAAUGUGUUUGUUGAAGAGCAGCUGUAAUGUGAAUGGUUUGGAGAUCCACCAGUCGGGCUGUGUGACAUCGUUUGUGUUGCAGGUGUAUAUUAAAAACUGGGAUUGCAGGAAUGCUCCGGUCCCAGCACCUGCUGAAUCUGCUCUGAUCACAUGCAGUGUGUUCAAGGAGUUUCCCAGCCUGUGUAAAGUCUUGCCCAAGUGUUCAGAUUCCACAGUGACUUCGCUGUUCAGCACCAUGGUGUGUGCGAUCCCCUCUGCAAGCAUAUUAUCACAGAUAUCCUGACACUACAUCCAGUGCCUUUUCCAUCUGACUGCUCGAAGCCUGGCUAAUUAUACUUGUGUGUUCUCUUCAGCCAGGAUCGGACUGUUAUUAAGAAGCGUUCUACAGUAUCGCACCAAGUUUCUAAUAUGAGAGUCUAUAGGCUACGGUGCCAGAGAGAUGAACUCGUUAUGAAGUGAUUUUUGCUCCAGUGAAUUGCUCUCUCUCGUUUGCAGCAUGAGAACAUUAUUCCUGUUCAGAAUUGUACUUGGAGUUUAAUGAAAAGUCGGCGUCCAUGUUCUGCAGUCUCCAUGGGGUUGUAUUAAAAGCUCUGUGAAGCUCAGUCCAGACCACACUUCUCGUCUUUUGUGCUUGUAGUGAUCUGCGCUCUGUGAUUCGGCAGAUGGAUGACCGACAGACAGGCUGAACAUUCAUGGGGAGAUUUUUAAAUGUAAACAAAAACCAGCAAACCUGCAAUACUUUCUUUGGGGUGGCAGGGGGUUCAAAAAAAUGAUCACCACUUCUACAAUGGUUUUAUAAAUCAAAUAUUCUGUGCCAUUUUCUAUGUGUGUGUGUGUAUAUAUAUAUAUAUAUAUAUAUAUAUAUAUAUAUAUAUAUAUAUAUAUAUAAUUAUAAUUAUACACUAUGUAAUUGUGUGCAAAGUCAGUGUUAAGUGGUUGGUUGUAGUAUUUUUAUUUUAAAUUUAUUUUAUAAAUAUGUAAUAUAUAUAUUUCAUUUAGGUAGAUUUAUUUGCUAAGUUUACAAAAAAAAAAAAGUUCAAAAUUUAAAUUUCCGUGAAACAGUCUACAUGUUGCUUUGGUGCAAUUGGUUGUAAGCAUGGUGUGUAAAUAUGUUCUAAAACCAAGAAUGGGCUGCUUUCACCGGCUUGAUCGAGAUAGAGAGAGAUAUGUAAUCUCAUCAAGAUUGUAGAUUUAAAGAAACCAGCAAAGAUUGAUGAGGAGGUUUAAUAAAAAUGAUUUCUUUAAGGUUUAUGAAAUUGUGUGUGUAUACAAUGUGUGUUUCUGGUAACCCUUCUGUUUGAUUGUUCUUUAUUUGUUAAUACAAGAAGCACCUUGUACAGGUUUGAUCCUCUGUUUCCGUGUAUUCCACGUGUACCUGUGGGGUCCUCUGUUGUUUCCGUGUUUUCCACGCGUAUCUGUGGGAUUGUAUUUUCUUCGCUCUCUCUUAAAGGGAAUGUGCAUAUUGUAAAGUCCCAGAAGGCAGCAUGAUUUCUGUACAAUAACCCCACCAGGGUUGUGGUCAAUUCCCAGUUCCCUUUUAAAAUCGAUUCCCUUUCGAUUUCAACACGGCCUUGAUCACAAUUGCAAUUAGCAGUAUUGUGUUAAAGUGAGCUUCUCACAGUGGCAACACGUUACUUCAAUUUGAAGUCCCUGUUAGUCAGUUAAACUGGCUUCCAGUGAGAUUGGGAAUUGUCCUGCCCCCUGUGUUGCUGUAAUCCCUGUGUUACAUGCUUUAUGUAUUUACGCAUUGCAAAACUUAAAGCGAUUUUCUUCUGUCUAGGAAGUAAAUAAACGAUUCUCUGUACAGCUG